CCACUGGAGAGAAGUGGACUCCAUAGCAGCAGACCCCGCCAGAGAGGCCCGCCCACCCGUUCGCCCCUCCCCCUGCCCCGUUCACAAUGCAGCCUGCUUCUGCAAAGUGGUACGAUCAAAGGCACUAUGUCUUCAUUGAAUUUUGUGUUGAAGACAGUAAGGAUGUUAAUGUAAAUUUUGAAAAAUCCAAACUUACAUUCAGUUGUCUUGGAGGAAGUGAUAAUUUUAAGCAUUUAAACGAAAUUGAUCUUUUUCACUGUAUUGAUACAAAUGAUCCCAAGCAUAAAAGAACGGACAGAUCAAUUUUAUGUUGUUUACGAAAAGGAGAAUCUGGACAGUCAUGGCCAAAGUUAACAAAAGAAAGGGCAAAGCUUAAUUGGCUUAGUGUUGACUUCAAUAAUUGGAAAGACUGGGAAGAUGAUUCAGAUGAAGACAUGUCUAAUUUUGAUCGUUUCUCUGAGAUGACGAAUAACAUGGGUGGUGAUGAGGAUGUAGAUUUACCAGAAGUAGAUGGAGCAGAUGAUGAUUCACAAGACAGUGAUGAUGAAAAAAUGCCAGAUCUGGAGUAAGGAAUAUUGUCAUCACCUGGGUUUUGAGAAAGAAAAAUAACUUCUCUGCAAGAGUUCAUGACUGAGAGAAUUCCUGAGUUGAUCUAAAAGCAGAUGCUGUAGCUGCCUACUUUAACCCAUUUUUCAACCUGUUUGUUUUUUA